ACAUCUUUUUAGGGACUGGUACAAUUUAGAGAAAUCCAAACGUGUCAAGGCAUUUCGAUGUGGGGAAUUUGAUGAUUGUAUUGAAAGGGCUGAAUCAUCCCAGGGCAUUCCUAUAAAGAAAAGAGAGAAAUAUGCACGUCGAGAAGAUGCUAUUCUUCAUGCUCUUGAGCUUGAGAAGGAGCAGCAAAAACUAGAUGUUGGUUCUAAUUCUACAGGCGGUAAAAUGCAUGGAAAGAUGAAUACAUCUCAAAUGGGAAAUGAUCAUAGCCAAUUCGGAAAUCUCAAAUCACAAGAUGAGAAUGUGGGAGAUCCUUUACAUGUACAAAAAGUCAAACAGGGGAAGCAGAUGAGCUGGGAAGAUAAUUCAGAAGCUAUACCUCGGAUGAGAGGAUUGCAGGAUUUUGGGCUGAGGAUUGCUUCUUCAAAAAGAAAGCUUUCUGCCUCUAGUGCUCCAGAGGGUUCUCGUAGGCUCUUUGUAGUUGAUCAUAUGGAUAUUCUUCCUAAUGGUGGCCGAAGUGUGGGGAAUGCAAAUCAUGUCAGCAGCAUUAAGGAUUCUUUGGCUGCCAAAAGAAAAAGGUCACAGGGUGGGAUGCCUGAGGAAUCAAUUGUUAAGAGACGUGAUAGACGCCGUCCUCUUGUUCAAGUAUUACAGAGUAGUGCAAAAUUGCCAGUAUCACACUCUUUCCAGUCUGAUGAUAAUGCUACCUCUACCCUUAUGCAUGGUGAAAAAGAACAGACAGGGGUUGCCUGCCGUGCCAAGAGGAGCAAAUGUGUAUAUUUGCCUGUGGAUUCAAAUGGUAUGGAUCAUACAGAACCUCCUCCAGACCAGAUGGAAAUGUUGCAGGCCCAGUUUGAAAUAGAUAAUUGUCACCCUCUCCCUGGUUCAUUGACAGAAGGAUGCAGUUCUGAUGAAUUGAUGGAAGAUGUGGAAUCUGACUAUUCUGGGAGGGAUUACCUGGUCCCUGUCAAGGAUGAAGAGACAACUGUAUUUUCAGGUGCUACUACUCAAGUGCAGCCCAUGGAUCCAAGUUCUGGCAGAUACUUGAGCACUGAUGGUCUUCAAGUUCAAGGGCAAUCAGAAAGCAUGAGCAGUGAGGAGCUUGACCAGACUGCAACUGUAGCUGCUGAUUUAGAGGUAUCAAAAUGGCAACAGAAAGGGAAAAGGAACGUUCGGAAUUUGACCAAGAGGCCCUUGGAGGCAGCGGAUGGAAAAUUCUCCAAUGGAUCCAUUUGUGAAACAUAUCUUGAAGGAAGGGAAAACAACUUAAACCAAAGGACAUCUGGACCAGGUUUUUCCCCUGGAGGCAAGGAUCUGAACUAUGUCUAUGAUGAGGUUGAUUUGAUUGAUAAGGAUUCAAUGCAGGCCCAAGUAUCUGGAUUUGGAAAUAGAAGAUACCCUUCAGCAAAAUCUGCUUCCAAAGAUUGGAAUAGAAUCAUCACUAAUGCUGUCGAUUCAGAAGAAGAUACAGUUUGGGGGAUGGAUGGAUUGUCUCAAUCAAUUCUAAGAGGAUACUGGGAAAACCGAGGUGAUUACUUUGAUCCAAUGUAUGGUGGCCAUCACUUUGGUAAUGGGAUGGAAUCCACAUUGGUUGAUGUGAACUUGAAGGUCCAAGCAAGCUACCAAGGAGAGCAUGUCCCUUUGGUUUCUCUAAUGAGUCGAUUGAAUGGGAAAGCAAUAGUUGGGCAUCCAAUCCAAAUUGGAGCAUUAGAAGAUGGUGCCACUGAAAAACUUCUUGCUACGCAUGGUGGUUUUGAUGUGGAACAUGGGGUCAAUGAUGGAAGUACAGGACUCCCACCUGUCUGGAGAACUGCCAGGAGGACAGCCAUGCACCGUGUCCCUCGUCCUCAACUUUCUUCUGCACUGGAGGAUGAUGAAACUGCUGACCUUCAUCCUUACGCAGAUCUUCAAAGUAAGCCUCUGUACAGGAAGCCAUAUCCAGGGAAUUUAAGUCAUAAGGCAAGGCUGAUGAAAAAGAGCUUGUCUCAAAUUCGCCGGCCUUCAAUAACAGAGAAGAAGUUCCCAAAGAAGCUCUUGAAGAAAGUAAGCAUUUCUAGCCAGAAAACAAGGACAUUGUCUUCAAUUGCCAUUGACCAGAAAUUGAAUGGCAAGACUGGCAACCCAAAGGUUGCAAAUCAGAGUAAUGUGGAGGGGCUGAUUAAAGCGGUAGAAACUGGACUGACUACAGUUACCUGCAUCCCUGUAAAAGUAGUGUUCAGUAGGUUACUGGAAGCAGUUGGGAGACCUCCAAGACCUGCUUAUCAGGGGGUUUUGAAGAGAGAGGCAGAAAGGAAACCAUCAUAGAAAGGCAAUGUAAUUGUUACUUGGGAUCAAAUAAUAUUGUACCACCAAAUCAACACAGCUCAUCCAGUGCCUGUUCAACACAAAAAUCAUAUUUUCACUGCUUAUAUGCAAUUGAGAUGCAGAAUUGACUCCCAAUUGGCAAUUUUUGACGAUGCCAAGAACUUGGGAGUAGGCAUCGGAUGGACCUGUCCAUGCUUUGAUUACCCCAUUAGGCAACAUGGAUGUUAUUCCAGCAUAAGCUGUGAUGGCCUAAACUCAACUUGUUAUCUUCCAGAUGCUACUUUUGGGAUGUGUAUUCUUCUUUAAGCAGGUCCUUCGAGGUAUCUCAAGACAGACGGGUCAGAGAUUUAGAUUUUCUUCUGGAUAGGUGGGGUAUGGUUUAGAAUUGUAAAGUAGUUAAUGUAGUAACUUAAGACUGGCAUAGUUAUUUAAUCAAACAUCAAGUAUGGAAACUCUUGAGCAUGUAACCUGCUUAAAAAUGUAGAAUCUAUAUUGUUAUGUUGUGCCA